CCGAAAGUUUCGCGUCAAGCCCUGGGCUUCGAGUUUCCCUCCGUUGAACAGCACACAGCUCUAAACAACAGCCACCACAACUCCAGUCUCCUCUUCUCCUCCCUCUUACCUCUCGAAACCCUCCAAGAGCCCUUUCAACGCACAAUGGCGCCCCUCCGCCAUCCUACAACCCCCUCCGCACUAGCCCCCGCCCCGCCCUUAACCGCAUCCACGAACCCCACGCUCCCCUCCUCCACCGCCGAACCCUCCACAGCAAUAGCAACAGCAACAACAGAAAACCCGCACCCCAAAAAGCGCAAACGCAAAGAGAAAGCCCACCCUCACAUCCUGCACCACGCGACCUUCCGCGCGCACGCCUGGGUCUACUUCAACCUCUGUCUUGUAACGCCCAGCGUCACCUCCACUUCCACUUCCACUUCCACUCCCUUCAAUCCACCACCCGACUCGGCGACAGCCGACAUCGACAUCGACGCCCUCACCGUCUCUACGCUCCUCACACCACUACUAUCCGCCUUCCUCGGCCUCACAGGCUCCGCAGUGCCGAUCGACAUCCUAAAGACACAGGGCAGAGACGUGUGGAUACGCGUGCCGCGGCAGGAUGCGCGCGCGGUGCGGGCGAGCUUGUCCGGGUGGGUGGGGUGGUGCGAUGCGAGGUUAGUUCCGGGGGGCGCGGAGGAGGACGGCGGGAGGGGGAAGGUUAGGGUGGCGUGGAGGGUUGUGGGGGAGGAAGAGGGGUUGGGGGUGUUGAGCGUGGGCGGCGGGGAUGGAAUGAGCCUUUUCCAGCAGGGGACUUGAGGCGGGAGAGUGUAUAAAGCAGGAGUGUGAGGAUGAGGG